CUUUAGCGGGUUCGCGUGUAUUCCUUGCAUAAACAAAACGUACAUUAAACGCUAAUUAUUCGCAAUCGCAACUGUUAAUCUUAACAACUCAUCCUCGUUGAUAUGGAAAACAGGUGCACGAAAUGUAAAAAAAAAUCCUCUGCAUCUUGUUACAUUUCCCAUAAAGGUACGAUUAUACUUAAACGAUUCGAAAGGAUCAAAUAUGAUGCAGGUGAUAUAGAUGUAAUAAAAAUUCGCAGUGAAAUCCCCCCCUUUGUCCUCCGAGAGAACCGGCACUUUAUGAGAGCUCAACGAGCGAUCUCACGUGCGGCCGUCUUUAUCUCUUUUUCAUUCGACGCGCUUCGUUUGUUUAUCAGCUACGUGGCGCGUUAUCAGCCACCAGUAAUACCGAGCCAAUAAUGAAGCGGCACCUUCGUCAGUUGCCGAAGCGCGGUCUUAUCGUCGCGUGUCACACCGUUCCGCUCCACCGGUCGUCCGAGAAAAAACGAAGCCAAGAAGAAAACCGAUACGGCGGAGCAGGACGAAGAAACGCGGAAAAAUCGCGAACUCCGCCGAGAACUCCGGCUGCUUUUCGUUAUCGAUCGCGAUGUGCAUGUAAUGUAAAUUGAAUUAGUGCCAGUGGAAUAUUACGAUGCAACUACACACGCACACACAUACAUACACACACACAUGUAUACACGGCGAUAACGAACGGCCUUGGAUCGGCUCGGUGUGCUCAUUAUCUUGUGAAAUUAGCUUCAUAGAGCUGUGUCUUUAAUAAAGGCUUGAUUAGAGGCGGCGGAAUUUACUCUAGUGAAGUGCGGAAACGCGAGUGUGCGUAUGACGUGAGCGCGCCGCGAUUUCGCAUCGGGAUGACGGCUUUGCUGAAUACACGGAAAGUAAAAAGGCGUGAGUGAACGCGAUAUUAACGAUACAGUCGAUAUCGUUGGUGCUGCAACACGAUAACACGUUAUCGCAAUGAUAACCGUUUAACGACACAGUUCGCCGUGUAUUUAUGUGUAUGUGUGCGCGCAAUUACAACUAAGACGUGUUGUGCGCGAUUCUGGGGAAAGUUAUGCGACUCGGUCAUCGAGUACGAAUAAACGAAUCGUCAUUCACGUCGCGUGACGACGUGCGUAACGAGUGUAAUCGUCUAAAGUGCGAUCGAUCUUGGUGCGAAAUCCGGGAAAAGAUGACGCUGAAGAAGGAAGCGAAGAAGUCCUUGAGAAAGGGCAAGUCGGGCUACAAAGCGACGAAUUGCAAUGACGAGAGCGCGAAUGCGACGCAGCCGGGCCACCCCGUGAAGGAAUGCAAGCAAGCGAAACCGGAAGCAGAAUCCUCCAAGAGAUUGUCAUCGAAGGAAACUUCGUCGAAGGACGCGGACAAUUCGAGCGGGAAACUCGAGCGGCGUGCGUCGUUCCGUCGGAAAUUCGGCGCUCUGUUAAGAGGGAGCGCCGAGUUACCGGCGGCGAUAAAUCGCGGCCUGCAGCCGAUCAGGCGAAGCCUGAGCUUCAGCAAGGACCUCCAUCGCAGCCACGAGCCCUCGAGGCAGCCCUACAGGACCAGCAGCGUACAGUGGUACAACAGUCUCAGCUCGCUGGCGGAGGAUGAGGUCGAUGCCGAUUGCAAGAGGGCGGGCGCCUCCGAAAAGAAGGCUUUCGACGGCAAAGUGACCCAGGUCACCAGGACGCGCAGUCUGAUGGAGAAGUAUCCUGCCACUAAUCUUAGACGAAGGGUGAAUACUCUGUCACAUCCGUCAGCAUCCCCUUACGGACGGCACAGCGAUUAUUAUCACUCCAAUAUAGAUCUAAGUAGUCCGCCCUGCGAAGCAAGCAGUCUUCCGGCUUUGAGUCACGUCGCCAUCGACGCGGAUGACAAUGAAACGAAAUUAUUGCUAAGGGAGCAACAGGUCAGGAACGGACGAGGGAAUUUCAGAUCCAGCGUCCGAAAGUUAUCUCCUCUGAGAAAUUUCAUCAAACAGCAUUUGGUGCGUUCGAGGUCGUUGACGCAGCUGGACUCCUUCAGUGGCAGCAUGCUGGACACGGGGGAGCAUCAUCCGGAGGACGAUCCCUCGCAGCAGCAGCCCCCUCACCUGCACCUCUAUCAGCAGCCCCCUCAGCCGCAACACCACCCCCUCGGCAUCGAGUGCAACCGGAUUCGAUUUCUCGCGCCGAACGCGACACCCGCCGAGAUCGCGAACGCCAAUCGCCGGCACAAGCUCUCGCGAUCUCAGGUAUCCAGCAACGAAUACUUUAGCGUCAGUUUCGAGGUGGGCGACGACCACUUGACUUCCUUCGACCGGGAGGAGUUUCUGCCGGCGACGCGGGGAACUUACUUGAUGGAUGUGCUGAGUCCGGCCUGCGAGCGCCGCGGCGUCGAUUUAUCGCGCGUCGAAGUCCUCGACAGUUCCUCGACGCCGUUAUCCCUGCUGACGACGGACGCCUCCACCCUCGGUGGAAAACACCUACGAGUGAUCGUUAAGGACGAUAGACUGAAUUCUCGAUCGCCCAGCCAAAAAGGAAAUCAGGGUGUGCUGCGGAAAACCAGUGGGAAUUAUCGGAAUCGAAACAGUCGUUUCUUCAGCGUUUCCACCGAGGACACGAAUGUCGACACCGAGGUUGGUGCCGGCACAACGCUCUCUUCCGGUCGGAGUUCCGCCGGGGCCACAGGACUCAAGGCCAGUAAACAGCGAUGGAGCGGGUUUUUCACCAACACCAAGGGUAUCAAGAUGGACCUGUUAACCGCCCAGCUGGACGAGUAUAACAAGCACGGCGUGCCAAAACUCUCGAAUGUUCAUUUGCAGUGCGACGUGACGAUCAACGAAGAAGCUCUCUACGACUUAGAAGGUGACUGGCGCGACAUUGUCGAGAAUUCACAGGCGCUCUCGGAGAAACACACGCAGCAGCAAACCGCGCUUUGGGAAUUGGCCGAGACCGAAGUGGGCUACAUUAAGACGUUAAAGGUUGUGAUCGAUCUCUUCAUGGCGUGUCUCUGCAGUCUACAGGCCUCGAAUAUCCUGAUCGAGGUCGACAGGCUGAAACUCUUCAGCAAUAUACCCGAUAUCUACGCCAUUAAUCGCUACUUUUGGACCGAGUAUCUGCUCACCAUGGUGAACGCGUCGAGAUCGAGCGGGCAGCCGUUCGAUCCCAGCCUUCUUCUGCAGGGCUUCGCAAAUUUCGAGCAGACGUUCGCGCCUUACACGAGAUUCUGCGCCGAGCAGAGCAAGUGUCAGCAGUAUUGUAAGGAUCGGAUGAACGAUAAUCAGCUUUUCACGGCGUACCUGGUGUGGUGCGAAACGCAGAAAGACUGCAAUCGACUGAAACUUAUGGAUAUACUGGUGAUGCCGAUGCAGAGGCUUACCAGAUAUUCGCUCCUGCUUAAAGCCGUCUAUAAAAACACCGAGAACGAGGAUCAACGCAUGGGAUUGACACACAUGAUCAAGUCCGUCGACGAUUUCGUGGCAUCCGUGAAUGCGGCGCUAAGAAGGAACGAUGAAGCUGCUCAGUUGGUCCAAGCGGCCUCGCGUCUGGAGUACUACGACGUCGUGGAUACCAAAGGGCUCGACGAGGAAGUGGAGAAACUGAUAAGGAUGUACAGCCAUCUAGAUAUUACUACAGUACCGAUGCCCGGUUGUCCAAAGGACAGUUCGAGGACUCUCAUUCGGGAGGGAGACUUGAAGUUAAAAGACUCCACCACCAGCAAGAUGGAGGUGCACGUACUAUUGUUAACCGACAUGCUACUGAUCUGCAAACUGUCGACGAAAAAAACGUUGAAGAUCAUUAGACAGCCGUACAUUGUUGAUCGCAUACGGAUACAUGAGGUCAAGGAGCCGUCUAGUCUGGGAUUGGUUUAUCUUAACGAGUACGGGACAGUCUCGGCCGCUUUAAUCCUCAGCGCCGGUGACCCGAAACUAGCUAAGUCGUGGAUGAAAUCGUUGGAACAGGCCCAGAAACAUUUCGCAUCGAUGAAAAUUCCGUCGCUCGUCGGUGAGCCCGUGAUGAAUCUGGCGUCUGUCAGCAGGCAGCCGAGCACAUUGGGCGACGGUGAUUUCGAAGUGGAGGAGUAUGACGGUAUCUUCCCAAGAACUCCACGCGGCAGUAGCCGAGCUUCGCACGUCAGCAGUCUCGCUCACAGUCACAGUGGUAGCAUGGAGAUGGAAGGCGCGUCUCCAGGCAGCAGCAGCUUCCUGCCGAGCUACAACCCCAGCAGGAACAUCAGCGUGGAGACGAACGAGCAGCCGCGAGCGUCGAGCUCGCUGUCGUCGGAGGAAGGCGGCGAGUCGAGCUCCGGGCACAAUCACCGAUCUAUGCACGUGAGGCGCUCGAUGAUGAGUAAAUCACCAACGCCGAACACGCUGAGCGUCCAGGUGCCGUACUCGAGUCUGGGUCAAUCGCUGCCCAAUCUGACACUGGCCACCUCGCCGCAGACUUCCACCGUGUCGCCGACGCCGCCGAACUCGCUGCUGAUCGUGCCGCAGAUGACCAAGAGCAAGGACACCCUGCUCUCACCAGGACACCGAGGUAUAUCCUACCCACCGCCGUCGCCGCCGCGAGGUGCUCUCAGACGGGGGUUCGCGUUACCGCAGUCCCGGAAUCCGCCCUUGUUGAAAACGAGGCACAUAAACGCGUCUCUGACGCAACCGCUGCAGGUGACUAUGGGUAAUUCUGAUAACGAAGUCAUCGAGGAGAGACGGAGAAAGCUGGAUCCGUCGCAGAGAGUACCGUCGACCAGCAGUAUUGUCGAAGAAAAGAAAUGACCUGCGUGUUAAAACUUGAAAGAAGAACUUCCCGAAUGUUUGGUAUGGAUCAUAUCAUCGACGUUGGAUGUACGUGUAAAGGCUCGACGUGAUAUAUAGUGCUCGACGUGAAAUGUAAUGCUCGAAUGUACGUGAUAGUAUGUAAUGCUCAGCGAGAUGCAUUCUGCUCUCUGUGUGGGUGCCGCACACACUUUCACGCAAAAAAUUCGAGGAGCACUGAUCUUCGAGGAUUAAUUUUCUCGCACUCUUUGGAAUUCUACAAAGGGAGUCAAACAAUACAUUACAAUCGAUUGGGGCCAUUCGAAAUCAACGUGUGAAGUUACCACGGCCGUAUCGCUACUUUUAUCUCGUUAUCUCCUUGUAACUCGUAGAUGUCUUUUCUUAAUAAUUAAAUCGAGUCCGAGUUGCCUAUGAUUAAUAUCGCAUCGUCAGCUUUGAACCGCUGCGUGUAAUAUUAAACGCAGAUUUUGACUUAGACUUUUAAGCGACGAACAGAAAGGCCUACUUAGAGUAAUUACAUUAAAAUUUCAUAGUAAAUGUAGGGCCACAGCUAGCGUAUAAGACGCCUUUAUAAAGGAGUUCAUUUAGGCGCCUAACGAUAGAACAAAAGAUAUUUGAAAAAUCGAAGAAUUGAAAAUUGAUUUCGAGUGAGGAAACCAGCAAUGUACAAAAGUUGGCGUCUUUCUUUUUCCGUUUCCUAAUGUUGGGCACAAUUGGCCCAUCCAACGACCAAAGAAGAAGGAGAAGAUCUUGAGUACAAUUGCCUUGUUCAGGCUUAACUUAAUGAGGAAUAAGAGCGUAGGAAGACAUCGAAAUCUUUGAAAAUAGUAGAUUUUUUGCUGUUCAUGUAAAGAAAAGCCUCAAUUUGACGCUCGUGCGUUGCGAUGCGGUGCGGUGCGAUACGGAAUCGAUAUCGCGCAAUUCAGACAUCGAAAUGGAAACGGCAGCUACUUCGACCGUUCUAUUUGGCUAAUAUUAUUUCUGCCUAAAAAUUUAUUUUAUUCUCCGUUCAAUUAUUUCGUUACUUUUAAUAAGAAACAAUUAUGUUAACACAUUGCAGUCAACGUGCAGUCAAAGAUCAUGAGGAAUGUGCCGUAAAACGGGCCAUUGUGCUAUUUUCUGGCGCAUCGCUCUCUAAAAUUAAUAUUGAAUAAUAAAAUAACGCAACGAUUUAUUUAACGUCGUAGAAGCUUUGAUUGUAGCAGAUCAUUCAUUUAAUCGAGGAACAAAAUGAAAAAUUACUUUAAAUACCUCCGUUUAAAUCUUUCUUAUAUUUUUUUAAAUUUUUUCUUCUCUAACGUCCCCCAUUUUUCCCCUUUUAUACGGCGUCCUUGUGCGAUGCGCAAUUGGCACAUUGACUUGCGCAACGGUCUUGAUGGAUGUUAGAACUUAAUAGAUUUAAUAGAUGGGAGAAAUAAUAAACCUCUAGAGAUCUUACCUAAAAGAAAAAUCAUGGACGUAACAGAUGAAUGAACGACAGUUAUUCCUGCAAGACGUAAAGUAAACGUAAGAAAGAAGCUAAAGUACGUUAUAUUGAGCGAACGAAUAUCUCGAACAGAUAUGUAUGUCAAGAGAUAUGUGUCAUCUACAAAACAAUAUAUAGCAAUACAACAAUUAUGUCGAAAUGUUAUGUGUUGUCAACGUGUCGUCAACGUGUCGUCAACGUGUAGUCGAAGAUUGUCAGAAGGAUGUCAGGACAGGCCGUAGACGUUGCGCUGUUUCCUGGCGGAAACGCGCCUUGGAGUGGAAGGACAAAGGACGAAAAAAAGGAACGCAAAAGAGGGAUGUGUUUACUUUCAAGCACAAAUCCGAUUCGACGGCAUCUCGCUUCGGGAUGAAGACGACCUCGCCGAUCGCAGGGUUGACCCUUUCGUCUCGAUCGCUCGAAACGAAAUUUCGCCAAAUCAGAUGUGUAUUCAGAGUAAAUAAGUAUCACCUCUAGAGAUAACAUUAUAGGUACAAUAAAAAUGUCACCUGUCUAGAGAUAAUAUUACAUAGAAGAGGAAGAGAAAGGAGAUACAGAGAGAAACAGAGCAAUGUGAUUUUAUACACAAGCUCCUGCUGUUCGGUUUCUCUCGUUCCCUCGAUUCGUGUUGUUUGCUCUUGUAAAUUUGAAGAAUUAAUUACUUCCACGAGAAUACGAAUCACAUGUAUGUACAAUUAUAUUCAAGAUUAAAAUAUAAUUUAUUAAUCAAGCGCGA